AUGCAAUCAACCCACCUGGAGGAGAUGCGGGCGGCGUCGGCCGCUGUUGGGGCUGAUGCGGCAUCCCUUGGGGAGGCCCCUGAGGCACCUGGCUGGGGCCAUUGCUGGUACAGUUAUGGCAUUGCUGAUAGUGAUGAUGAUGAUGCUGUUCUUGCUUUUGGUCUUUGGGAAAGACGUGGUUCAGAAUGCGAUCGAGGUGCUUAUGUUUCACCAUGGUAUCUGCUGGCGGAGAGCCACGAGAGAGAAACCGAAAGUCUGCUGGGAAGAAUGAAGGACGAGGGGGAUCAAACUGGUCGCGAUGACGCAGCUGUAGAACCUGAUAGCUGCAUGCUGAACGCCGACGACUCGACGAGGGCCGACGCAUUGAAGCCGGAGACAUUCACUUCACAGUUUCUUUUGGGAACGAAGUUGAAUUUGACAAUGUUUACGAAUAACCCGAAAGAUGCUGGAGAAACCAUGGGUCAAAGACCUCUUGCGGGGGAAAGACCCGGACAUGGCCAGAAGCUGGUUGUUCCAAGAAUGACCGAAGAACGUCGACUUCACCGUGAUGUCAGUCAAUCCGGGGACGCAUCGCCACCGUUAUAA